GUGCUGUGUAAACAGGGAAUGGUGAAGCUGUGUGCUAAUGUAGUAGCAUGUAGCCAUAUAUAUAUAUUAAAAGAGACUUGUUAUUUAAGAGACUAACUCGAAACUUCAUGCUUUUCAGCGUUUGUGGACCGUCGCCAUAAACGAGUGAUCUCGGACUGAUCGCAACCACACACGUUUGCCCGGUACCGUAAGCAUGACUGAGAGGGAGGAACGGCGCUUCGCCGAGGUACCCCGUGAGUCCAUUAAACUGAUGGCCGAGAGCACCGGGGUGGAGCUCAGCGAAGAGGUCGCAGCUCUGCUGGCCGAGGAUGUGUGCUACCGUCUCAGAGAAGCAACACAGAAUAGCUCACAGUUCAUGAGACACGCAAAGAGACGGAAGUUGAGCGUGGAAGACUUCAAUAGAGCGCUACGAUGGAGUAAUACUGAGACCAUUUGUGGCCAUGGUACACAAGAAGCCUUAUCAUUUCGUCCACUGAAGGAAGGAGAACUUUUUUUUGUAGAAGAUCGGGAGAUAAACCUUGUGGAGUUGGCCCUUGCUACCAACAUCCCUAAAGGCUGUGCAGAAACGAUGGUUCGAGUGAAUGUAUCAUACCUUGAUGGUAAGGGCAAUCUAGAACCUCAAGGAACAGUGCCCACUGCUGUUCAGUCACUAUCGGAUGAUCUGCUGAAGUAUUACCAACAAAUAACCCGGGCCAUUUUAGGAGAGGACCCACAUCUCAUGAAGGUGGCUUUGUUAGACCUUCAGUCCAAUUCGAAGAUUGCUGCACUCUUGCCUUAUUUUGUUUAUGUCAUCAGUGGGGUCAAGUCAGUAAGUCAUGAUCUAGACCAAUUAAACAGACUCCUACACAUGGUGAAGAGUUUGGUGCAGAACCCGUACUUGUACCUGGGCUCAUAUGUACGCAGUCUGGUGUCCAGUGUCAUGUACUGCAUCCUGGAGCCGCUGGCUGCCUCCAUUAACCCUCUCAAUGACCACUGGACCCUGAGAGACUACGCAGCCCUGCUGCUCAGCCACAUCUUCUGGACACAUGGUGAUCUUGUGAGUGGGCUGUACCAUCAGAUCCUUCUGUCUCUGCAGAAAGUGCUCUCUGAUCCAGUUAGGCCUCUGUGUUCCCACUAUGGAGCUGUGGUGGGCCUGCAUGCACUCGGCUGGAAAGCUGUUGAACGUGUGUUGUAUCCUCACCUUCCUGCCUACUGGGCGAAUCUACAAGCUGUGUUAGAUGAUUACUCUGUGUCCAACGCUCAGGUGAAAGCUGAUGGCCACAAAGUAUAUGGAGCCAUUCUGGUGGCUGUAGAGCGUUUGUUGAAGAUGAAGGCACUUAGUCUGACCUUGGCAGCUGAAGGAGGCAGUGCAGCUCAACAGGGCUCAGUCGCAGGAGCAGUGGGUUUCAGAGAAAGCUCUCCUGGUCUUAGCCCUCCCGAACCCCUCUCUGAACCCCCUCUUGGCAUUGCAAGCCAUCUACAAGCUGGUGGAGCUGGUUGCCCAUGGGAAGAGUGGACCCCUGUAUCUCUUCCUGCUAUGUACUGUGAGCUGUACUCCUUUUUUGGAGACAGUCUGGCUGUACGUUUCAGCACUGACCCACCACUAGGGGGCACUCCACCUACAGGUCCUUGCCCUCCCCUAGAUGGCAGAAAGGAGCCAGCAAGUGGUGCUGCCAAUCUGGAGAGCACACGUAAGAUGCCCCAACUCACUGCCAGCAUGAACAUCAGCCCACGGCAAGAUGGAAGCCCACGCACAGAACCGCAACCACCAAGUCUGGCUGCUACUGGCCCAGGGAGAUCCCUUGCCCGCUCUUCCUCCUCCUCUGUCUCACGUUCCAGAUCCUCUUCAUCCCGUCCAGGCCGUUCAUCCAGCCAGACCCGAGACAUUUUUCCCAAAACCCGAUUCCAACCUCCUCAGGCCGGUCCUCCGGCUUUUUCUUUCAUUAUUGGUGGACGGCAGAUGGGCCGCCGCUGCCAGGGAAGACGCUUCCAGACAAGCUUUACUCCAACUCCGCCUCUUACUUCCCUCCCACCGCGUACCUACGCCCACAAACUACCAGUCAUCGGGAGGGUCAGUAAACCUGUGCGCCGCUGGACAUGUUCCCAUUAUUCUCUUCACCUGCCACUUUAAAACACCAAAAGACAUUAAGUUGAUCCCAUUGACAUGCCACCCUUAAAAGGAUAGUUCUCUAAUUUACUCACCCUCAUGUCAUCCCAGAUGUGUAUGACUUUCUUUCUUCUGCAGAACACAAACAUAUUUCAGCUCUGUAGGUCUACACAAUGCACGUAAUGGGGACCAGAAAUUUGAUGCUCCAAAAAGCUCAUAAAGAUAGUAUAAAAGUAAUCCAUUUGACUCCAUAUUUUCUGAAGAGAUGUGUGGGUGAGAAACAUAUAUAUUGAAGUAAUUUUCAAUAUAUAAUUGAAAUUACACUUUCACAUUUUGUUUUUGGUGGUUUGCAUUCUUUGUGCAUAUCGCUACCUACUGAUCAGGGCUGGUCAAAGGUGGAGAUUUAUGAUGAAAAAGGACUUUAAUAUUGAUCCGUUUCUCACACACACCUAUCAUAUCGUUUCUGAAGACAUGGAUUAAACCACUGGAGUCAUAUUAAUACUUUUUAUACUGCCUUUAUGUGCUUUUUGGGCCUUCAAAGUUCUGGUCACCAUUCACUUGCAUUAUAUGGACCUACAGAGAUGAAAUAUUCUUCUAAAAAUCUCCAUUUGUGUUCAACAGAAGAAAGUCAUCCAUAUCUGGUAUGGCAUGAGGAUGAGUAAAUAGUAAAGAGAAUUUUCAUUUUUGGGUGAAGUAACUCUUUAAAAAUGGUUGGACUGAACAAUUUCUUUGAUCUCUAGACAUUCAAAGCAAAUAUUAUUUCUAGGAAAUAAUAGUUUAGAAAAAUGGGUAACCUCAGCACAGUUUUUACUGCAAGGUUUAAUUAACUCUUUAGAGUCUGAUUAAAUCAGGCUUGGUAUAAAAACUGUUAUGUCAGGAUCUACUGCCUUUAGUAUAAUAGAAUCUGCUGCCAAAAUGUCUCAUAAACCCCACAGAGUUUAUAUUUAAUGUGUUAAAUUUAUAGCAAGGUGAAGCUGAACCGCCAAUUCCAUACUAUUUCUUUUUGUGGGUGUGCAUGAGUGACCAGCCACAAAAGACUAUAGGUUUUGUUUUUGUUGUUCUCUUCUUUUUUUUUUGUACUUGUUUAAAUAUUU